CAAUUACAAGUAAUUCGAGGAUUGAUAAGUGAAUACUGAAUAGAGAUGUAUUCGGAAUAAAUAGAUUAAAUAUCUUGAUUAUCAUAGAUUUAUUAGUUCGAAUUCGCUAACAAAGCAACGCUUGGGAUGACGAUAGAUGAGUUUAGGUACCAAAGUGUCCUAUAAGUUUUAAGCCAGGUACCAAAACAAUAUUUUUGGACGGGACGGGAUAAUAUCAGAAAAAUCUAGAGAAGCCUAUAAAUAUCUCUCUCAUUACUUAUUAGUCUUUCUCAAAGAUUCGAUCAUUUUCCUUACCUUUUGCCUUCGCCAAGAGUAAACUCUCUCAAAAUCUCUCGCCAAAACCAAGAGUAGAAAAAACCUGAAAACACCAAAUCGGAAGAUCAAUUUAGAACGAAAGAGCAGAGAUUAAUCGUUGUGCGGCUGAGAAUUUGAUCUGAAGAGAAAGCCAGACUGGUUUCCGCUCGAGCUUGGCUUCUUUUCGUGCUCGCUUGCUUCAUUGCAUGACCUCUGAAAGAUCUCACAGGUUAGUUCGUCGAUUCCUUCCUUCCCGAUUCGUUAUUUUUGUUGUUUUCCUCCAUUUUAGGGUUCAAGGUUUGCUUCUCGGAGUCUCUUCUCGAUUAGUGGCUUGAAUUUUAUUGGUUGAUAACUCCCUCUCUGAUUUCGGGUUCUGGGUUUGCAUCAACACGGUAGACAUUUGGGGAUUAGGGUUCGAACAUUCGUCCUUCCAAUUCAUUGCAUUAGGAGCAAUUAGGAACAAUUCGUUUUCCUGCUGUUUGGUCUCCGAGAAAAGGCGUCUAAUGUUCUAGGCUUUUCCAGAGUUUAAAGUAGCUUAGCGCCGAAGAUUCAUUAGCACGAAGAAUUGAUAGUUACUACUUAUAAGCUAGUUUUGGACUAUUCCCUUGCUUGGGGCUCAAGGGGAAAAAGGCUUUUAUCAGUAAAUUGUUACCCGAAAUGCUCGCUGGAAAAUGGGUAGAUGGCAAAUUAAAAACGGAAACUAACAACUGGGUUCCAAUACUUCGGCUGCAAGUAAUUUGAGUGUGUACACGGGUUAAAUUCAACAUAUUUAAGAAGCUGUCUCCUUAUCCCUCUCUCAUAGAGAUAUACUGAACCGCGAUUGGCUUCUUUCUGCAGAUCUCCUGUUGACAAUAUCUCUGACAUGGGUGGCUUCGAUCCAGCCUCUACAGCAGCUUGCUCGGAUUCUACAAGGAAGAGGAGACGAAGAACAGGAACUGAAUCUGUUGUGGAGACUCUUAAAAAGUGGAAGCAGUACAACGAGUAUCUCGACACUUGCGCGGAUGGAGCCGCUGGCAAGAAGUCUGGGCGAAAAGCUCCCGCCAAGGGCUCGAAAAAGGGAUGUAUGAAAGGAAAAGGCGGGCCCGAUAAUUCUCACUGCAAGUACAGGGGUGUUAGACAGAGGACGUGGGGUAAAUGGGUAGCAGAGAUUAGAGAGCCCAAUAAAGGUCCUAGAUUGUGGCUUGGCACUUUCCCUACUGCUUAUGAAGCUGCUCUAGCCUACGAUGAUGCUGCUAGAGCCAUGUAUGGUCCUUAUGCCAGGCUGAACCUUCCAGAUAUCUCUAGGGCCCCGACUACAUCGAAUGGUUAUUCUGCGGCAACACCAUCUGGUGGGUACUCUACGAUUAGUACUACUACAUCAUCCAACCAUUCUGAGGUUUGUGAGAAUGAAGAUGAUGCCAAGGUCUUGGUGGUUCCUGAUGUUGAGGGUGAGUCGAAGGCCACGGCUCAUGGGGUGGAUGAGGUAUCAUCUUCGGAUCCUUGUAAAGAAGAGCCUCUGUUGGUAGACAAGAAUGGGGCUUUUGAUGAAGACCAGACGAGCCUGAAACCGGAAAUGAAAGAGGAGCCCUUGGAUGUGAAAGACUAUGAGUGUCAUGACUUCACGAUGGAUGAGAUGUUUAGCAUUGACGACUUACUGGGUGCAUUGGAGAAUCACCCACUCGAAGGGGCAGUAAACAACCAGAUGCAGGAGCAUGAUGCUAGAUUCAUUGGUGGUUCGCAGCACAAGGAGCCAGCGCCAUUGAUCCUUCCUGCUGCUGAGGAUUUCUGCUUCAACUUUUUGGAGCCUGGGAGGCAGGAGGACAAUACUGUUACCGUUGAUGAUCAGGGUUACUUGAGCCUGGGCUUGGCCGACUUGGGGUUUGAGGAUCUGUGAUGGACAAAAUGUUUUUAUCUUAGUUUUCUUUGUUCUCCACGGUUUGCUUCCCUGUCCUUCCAAUGCGUUUUUUUCUUGAGGGAGUUGAUUCUCUACGAGCUUUUUAGGGACUACAGAAAUUGGCUGCUGAUUUUGCCUUGAUUUCUUCUUCUCUCUUUCUAACUUCUGCUGCUUCUGUAGAUCGUGCUUUUGCAGUGGUUAGAAAGAUUUGACUUAGACUUUGAAGAUGUUUAAUUGUUUACUGUAGAUUCUAUCUGAAAAGGUGUUAUCAGAUUAGCAAGUGAGGGUUGUACUUGUAUAUGACUUCGACUUGAGAGGAAUAUGGGUUCUCGAAUAAAUUGACAGGUAUGAUGCCUGCUUCCGAUGUAUGAGUUUCUGAUUUCCUUAUGUCAUAUAUCCUUCAGAAAAUCCAGUGGUUUUGAAUCAUCAUUCCGUAAGACUCGUCACCAUCGGCUUGCAGUUACUGGUUGCUGCCUUACAGGCACGGUGUCGGAUGAUGGAUGGAGCAAUCGCAGCAGGAUCGCACCAACAGAUGGAGAAGAAGAUGCUAGCAAUGAGACAAUAGUGAUGCUGCUACUGCUAACACGGCUGAAACUCUCAUGAAUAGGCUCUCCAGGAAGUGGGAACAAUAGCAUAAACACUCUGCACAGACAGCGUUGGACAAUGGUUCUUAUAAUUUCUUCUUUGUCUGAAACUCGAAAAUGUGGGUCAAAUUCAUUUGUCAAAGAUGUCCGUGUCUAAUUUAAUAUGCAGAUGUUAUGAUCGAUAGCGCUUAUCGGCAAAAUACCUGGCUUGAAUUUAAGAAAUACAGCACAAAUAAUGACACAGAUCUCUGUUAGGGACUAAUCUAGCAAGAUUAGACACAAAUCAAGAUAACAGGAAAGUGAAUAAACACCGCAAGUACUUCACCUUGUAGUGUAGAUGGAGGAGCAAGAAAGGUGAGUAAAUUUUGCUUUUCGUU